AUGGCCGACAACAGAGCGAGCGAGCCAAUCGAACUGUACGAUUCUGGCCUGACCGUGCCUUCAGACUCGGAGAACUACUCAGCCAACAACGAGCUCUCGUCCUCACCACCGUCCACAUCAAGCUCGCCGGUGAUUCUCUACAAGCCGCCUACCUUCUGGAGCUUACUGCGCGGAACGGCCAUUAAUGUCAUCCUCCCCUUUGUCAACGGCCUGAUGCUCGGCCUAGGUGAAUUACUCGCGCAUGAAGCCGCGUUCCGUCUGGGCUGGUCUGGAACAAAGAUUUUCCCGACCUACAGGCGCACCACCCCGGUUGGCCCUGGAAUCGAAAUGAGAGAGAUACGAGACCGACGGAGAAAUCCUCACGCCGAUGUUGGGGAUGCAGCGGCCCUUGAGUAG